AUGACGAAACAAUACAAGGGUUUACUUCGUUAUAAAAAGAAAACAUUUGAUAAUGAUAUAAUUCAAUCACUGGUGAAAGAGAAAAACACAAAGCAAUUCUGGUCAACAUUAAAAUCAGCCAGUAAUACAAACACCAUCAAUGAACAAAUCGUUCCUGUUGACAAUCUUCUCAAUCACUUUAACACUUUACACUCGAAUAUUGACGAGAACCAUUGUACACCAAACCAAAAAAUUAUUAUUGAUCAAACUAAUAUUUCUCAGUCCAAUCAAAACAACUGCUUAAACAUACCGAUCAUUGAGAGUGAGAUUAAGAAAGCUAUAAAAAAACUAAAAAGUAAGAAGACUGCCGGUAAUGAUAAAAUCCGAAAUGAGAUGCUUAAAUGUGGAAUGAAUUUAAUAGUCUCACCAUUAAUAAAACUAUUUAAUUUCAUCCUUAAUGCAGGAAUAUAUCCCGACUUAUGGUCAAAAGGAUUGAUUACACCCAUCUAUAAAUCGGGUGAUAAAUUAGACCCUUCACAUUAUAGAGGUAUUUGUGUUACCAGUUGCCUAGGCAAGUUAUUCUGUUGCAUUCUCAGUGAUAGGUUACUUGAAUUUGUCAAAACUAUAAUAAUACACUACAUCCAUCACAAAUUGGUUUUGUAGCUGGAAAUCGAACCUCUGACCUUUUUUUUUUCACUUAGAACUUUAAUUGAUAAAUAUGUCUCGAACACAACCAAAGGGAAGUUGUUCGGUUGCUUUGUUGAUUUUCGCAAGGCUUUUGACUCGAUUUGGCACCCUGGCCUAUUAUCAAAGUUACUUAAGUAUAAUAUUGAUGGACAGUUCUAUAAUCUUAUAUCAAACAUUUAUUCAAAAACAGAAUGUAGUGUUAAAAUAAAUAAUCAAAGAACUGAUUAUUUUAAAUACAACAGAGGAGUACGCCAGGGAUGUGUUUUAUCCCCGAUGUUAUUCAAUUUAUAUAUGAAUGAGUUACCUAUCGCUCUUGAAAAAACCGACAACUGCGACCCCAUAAUUUUGCCAAACGGAUCAUCCCUCAACAGCCUAUUUUAUGCAGAUGACUUAGUACUAUUAUCUACCAGUGCCACAGGUCUGCAGAACAUAAUUAACACUCUCCAUUCGUAUAGUCAAAGCUGGUUUUUAGAUGUUAAUCUAAAGAAAACUAAAACCAUUAUAUUUCAAAAACAAUGCCGCAAAUCAACCCUAGAGAAACAUUCUUUCUUUCUCAAUGGAUCUCAAAUCAUUAAUGCACCAGAUUAUACUUAUUUUGGGCUCCACAAUCUCCUGCAAUGGAAGUUUUGCAUUAUCAAAUCAAAUAUCAAUUGAUAAAACGAGACAAUCUAUAUUUAAAACUAAAAAAUAUCUCGAGUUUUAUAAACUUCCAGUAACAAUAUGCAACAAACUAUCUUAUUGUAUAAUUCAGAAAUUUGGGGUGCGUACGAGAAACUGAACUUUGAUAAAUGGGAAACUGACGGUGUUGAAAAAACAAAAGAGCUCCAAAUGUUGCCUCUCGAAAUGAAGCAGGCCGAUUAUCUUUAA